CACUUACUCAGUCGACUCUGAACAAUCACUUGGCCUGCUCCUGCCUACUCCCCUCAAUUUCUUCAAUUUGCCCAGUUGAAUUGAGUCGGUGCGGCAAGACUUCCGUCAUCUCGAUAAUUUUCUGCGCAACCAUGGCUCGCAACGUUACAGCCGAAGCUGCUCAAUGCGGGCUCAGAGAAUGGAAGAUGUCAUUCGAUGCACAGUUGACAAUGGGUCAACAUUCUAAUAAGCCUUACCAGACCACGCUCUGCCUCAGGACUAACCAUUCAGUUCUAUUCCUAGCAUCGGGGUGUUCAAGCGAUAAAAAUGGCUACCAGCAGCAACGAUAAGGACACCAAGCUCGAACCCUCGGAGACCAGUCCAUCGGUGCAAGCGGUCUCGGUUCUUGACCAGGAACAAUCCCCUAAUAACAAUGAGAAUGUCCACAAGCGACCUCGCUUUCGGCUGACCUUCGCGGCUCUGUCGAUGAUGGCAAUGUUGGUUUCUUUCGAGGGCGCGGCAAUGUCCGUCGCUUUACCGACAAUUGCAGAUAGCCUCAAUGGCACAGCCAUCGAGUCGUUCUGGUUUGGGACGGCUUAUCUGUUAUGUGCGACCACAUUCCAACCGAUCUUCGCCUCUCUAUCCGAUGCAUUUGGGAGGCGCAAGCUCGUGCUAACAGGGAUCCUGUUCUUCCUCGUCGGGACAAUCGUGGGUAGUGUCUCUACGAGCGCUUCCACUAUGCUGGUCGGACGGUCCUUGCAAGGGAUCGGUGCAGGGGGCAUGUUUACUCUGGUGGGGGUCGUCAUCACCGACGUUGUCCCCUUGCGCGAACGCGGGCUAUACUUCGGUAUAGUAGCUGCAUUGGUCGGAUUUGGGGCUGUGGCUGGGCCAUUGGCAGGCGGGGGGUUCGCUGAGAGUGUCACUUGGCGAUGGAUCUUCUAUAUCAACUUUCCGUUCAUCGCGCUCAGCGCAUUGUCGUUUCUGCUCUUCAUGGCCGACCAGCGACCGGCGGGGGUGCGGGAGAAAGCGCAGAGCGAACAGAUCGACCUCUGCGGCAUCCUUCUCUUAAUCGGAAGCAUCACCUCGUUUCUUCUGGGACUGACCUGGGGCGGAGUGAACUAUCCCUGGAAGUCCUACCAAACCAUCCUCCCUCUCGUUCUCGGGGCCCUCGGACUUACCGUGUUCGGAGCGUAUGAGCACUACUGGGCCAAGAGCCCUAUCGUCCCCCCACAGCUCUUCCGGAACCGCACAACCGUGAUCUGCUACAUCUGCGUAGCUAUCAAGGGGCUGGUCCUCUUCGCCGUGCUCUACUGCCUACCGAUUUACUUCCAAGCCGUCAAAGGCUACAGCCCGGUGCACGCGGGGCUCGCGCUGCUGCCGCUGCUGUUCAGCACGGGACCCGCGGCGGUGGUGACGGGGCUCCUGAUCAACAAGGUCGGACACUAUCGGUGGGCGAUCUGGACCGGCUUCCCGCUGCUGACGACGGGAAUCGGGCUCUUCUGCCUGCUCCACCGCGACACCGCGGUCGCCGCAUGGGUGGUGAUCCUGAUCGUUCUGGGCCUCGGCAUUGGCAUUCUGUUCUGCUCGCUGCUGUUCGGCGUCCAGGCGUCCGUCAACCCCGCGCAUAUCACCAUGGCUGUCGGCAUGACGAGCUGCAUGCGCUGCUUUGGCCAGGCCCUUGGUGUGGCGCUGGGGGGAGUGAUUAUCCAGAAUCAUAUGCGCCAUGUCCUGUUCGCGGACCCCGCCCUGGCUGCUCGGGCUGACGACUACAGUCGUGACACCGUGGGCUUGGUGCAGUCCAUUCCGAGUAUUCCAGAUGUUCGGUUGCGGCACGAGGUCCAGGAUGCGUACACGGAGAGUCUGCGCAUAUUCUGGGAGGUGUGCUGUGCGCUGGGUGGGGUGGGAUUGCUGCUGAGCUUGUUGAUCAGGUCUUAUAGGCUUACCAGUUAUGGUCAGGAGGCAUAGGCGGUAUGUCUGGAGAACGAUCUCGAGUCACUUUCAUGUUAUUUGCUAUUUUACUUUUCUGCUUUCCUGGGUUUUAUCUCGAUCGUCACGU